AUGGAUAUCCCUAGAGAGUGCGACGUGCUUGUCGUGGGCAGUGGCAACGCUGGUUUCGCUGCAGCUCUUUCAGCUUCUCAGUCAGGAGCAAAGAGAAUUUUACUGGUCGACAAAUGUCCUGAAUCCUGGGCAGGUGGAAAUUCUUACUUCACUGCUGGAGCGUACCGAACCGUCCACGGAGGCUUACACGACCUCUUGCCUAUUGUCAACAAUGUGGACGCCAAGCUGGCAGAAAAGGUUGACCUGGAUCCGUAUACCGAGAAGAAUUUCGCUGAUGAUAUGCACCGGAUCUGUGGGGGCAGAUCGGACCCCGAACUCUGCAGAGCUCUCAUCAAAGACUCGAACUCAGCCGUCAAGUGGCUGGCCCAAAAUGGAAUCAGGUUUCAGCUCUCAUUCAACAGACAAGCGUAUGAGGUCAAUGAUCGAUUCAAGUUCUGGGGAGGCCUACACCUCAAAACUGAAGAUGGAGGUAAAGGUCUUAUCCAAGACUACAUCAACAUUGCACGACGACAGAAAAUUGUUCUCUCUUGGAAUACAGCACUUACCGGUCUAUCAACGGACGGCAGCGGCGGCGUCCUCGCGACUGUUCACAGGGACAGGAAGGACCACACUAUCACGGCUGGGGCCGUGAUUCUUGCUGCUGGAGGCUUCGAAGCUAGCCCUCGCCUCAGGUGUCAAUACCUCGGUCCUGGGUGGGAUAUGGCUCUUGUCCGCGGAACGCCCUUCAACACCGGCGACUGUCUGGAGAUAGCGAUGCGCGACGUCUCAGCGCUAGCAGCUGGAAACUGGAGUGGUUGCCACUCGGUCGCGUGGGAUGCGAACGCGGACCCUAAUACUGGUGAUCGCGAGGCAUCAAAUGAGUAUACGAAGUCUGGAUACCCGCUAGGUGUCAUGGUAAAUACUCAAGGCAAACGUUUUGUUGACGAAGGAAUCGACCUCCGGAACUAUACAUACGCCAUAUUCGGCCGUGCCAUCCUCUCACAGCCCGAGAGUGUGGCCUUUCAAGUGUGGGACUCCCGCACAAGUCCUUGGCUGAGGCUGGAGGAAUACCGCGAGGAGCGCGUGGAAAGAAUUACCGCCAAUAGCAUUGAGGAAUUGGCGGAUAAGUGCCUUCAACGGGGUUUGCGCGACCGCGAAAGCUUCAUCAGCACACUGCGUGAGUACAACGAAGCUGUAUAUGCUCAUAGAAAGGAGCAUCCUGAGGCCACCUGGAAUCCAGCCAUAAAAGACGGGUUGUCGACACAAUCUUCUACCACAAAACUAUUGCUUGCAAAGUCGAAUUGGGCACUUCCGAUUGACCAGGGUCCGUUCCUCGCCGUCAAGGUCUCGUGUGGAGUGACUUUCACGUUUGGUGGGUUAUCCGUGAACCCAGAGACCGCUCAGUUGAAGAGUGCAGUGACACGCGAGGGCAUCCCUGGGGUUUAUUGCGUUGGAGAAAUGCUGGGAGGAUUGUUCUAUUCAAACUACCCUGGCGGUAGUGGUCUCACCUCGGGUGCCGUGUUUGGUCGGAGGGCAGGCAGAGCAGCUGCCCAAUGGGCUGCGAGAUCGUCCGUGCAAAGAGGACAGAUGGCGAAGCUAUAG